AUGCCAAAUUCCAAAAUAAUAGAAACAUAUUUAGCAUGUCUUUCUGAGCAAGAUAGGAACAUCCUGCUGGAUGAAGGGGUUGAUCUUCCUGAUGCACCGGAACCGUUGUUCGAUUAUCCUAGAUAUUUGAAAUUUCUCGAUUGUGCGUGGCUCGAGGAAUCAAUUUAUGCAUAUCUCACGAUUGACGGACCUUUGGAACCCGAAGAUGCAUUUCAAAUUUCAUCGAUGUUGUCGCUGAUUUGCAAACUUAUAAUCAACCAUAGUGAUGGUUUAUAUGGUCUUGAAGUUGGUGACUGGGAAGAACACUACAACAUUCCUGACUUGGCAUCCUUGCAUAGCGUACGCAAAGCACUGUCAGGUUUACGUGAACUACACAUUCACGGAACUUGUUAUACAGCCACGGCUGAUGGAUUAGAUAAUUUGUCAAAUCUGUUAACCGUGUUGACCCAUUUUUCGAAUGAUAUUCAAUUCAUGAACAUCGAUUGCUGUCAUGUUGACACAAGGUUAGGGAAAAGAUUACCAGCAUUAAUAGCGUCACAAAAUAAUUUACAACGUCUGAUGAUUGAGGAUUCAAGUCUAGAUUCGACUUUAUCGGCAAGUUUAAUUUCUGCUCUUUCGAGUCAAUUCAAUUCUCUAAGAGCAUUAGCAAUUUCUAGAUUGCCCAUUGACGACCUAUUCUUUCUUAAAUUGUCAAGAUGUACAAGAUUGGAAUCCAUGAGUAUGUUUCACUGUAAAUACGUAGAGAAAGAUAACGCCUUGCUACAAAGGAUCAAACCGCAAAUCAAAAUUUUUCUUGCGAGGUUAACCUGUCUAGACAGCAGUGGAAAUAGUGAAAUAUUAUCUGAAAUAAUAGAAAUGACCAAACAAAAUCUUAAUACACUGGUUACGGAUAACAUUAAUGCAAAUGUUAUACGACUUUUAAGCACUCAUUGCGUGAAUAUGGAAUACUUGAUGAUGAACAUUAGUUCAGAAAUAAUCCCUGACCUUUAUUUAUUAUCAAGUCUUGGCAUAAAACACAUGAUAUUACAUUCCGAAUCAAAUUCCGUUGAUUUCUCCGACAGCUUGUUAGUGCAAGUCGGGCGGUCUUUGUCUUCGAGUUUAGAAUAUUUAGAUAUCGAUUUUAUUGUUUCCCCAAGUGGAUUGGAAGCGAUGUUAAAAGAAUGUCAGGCUGAUAUAAAAAGGUUAGGAAUGAAAUUGGCUAUUGAUUCUAAUGUCAAAGUUGGGGCUAAUGAUCAAAUUCUGGAAGUCAUACUAAAUUACGCGAAAUGCGGACGUAGUUUAAAAGAGCUGAGGAUUGAUCGGGGACAGGAAUUCUUGAAGGAUAAGCAUUUUUCGAAGGAAACUUUAGCGAAAACGAUGAACCUGCUCAAAAUUUCACAUGAUUAUAAUGAUUGUUGGAAUUAUUUUAGAUAA